GAAAGAAAACCAGAUGGUAUUUACGAUACGUCGAAUCCUUAACAAGUUUUCGCAUUUUGCAAACCGCAUGGUUUUUACAAAUGGUUCUCGUACUAAUGAGUACUUACAAGGGAAUUAUAAUAUCAACUUUCACUGCCGAUAAAGUAAUACCCAGAAUAAGUACUUUGGAACAACUGAUGAAAGAUCAAUCAAUGGAAGUUAAGGCCUUUAAAGGUUUUUGGACAGAAGCUUGUUUUACUAGUAAAUAUAACAAAAUGUACAAAUCAAUAGCACACAGAAUGGUUGGUCAUCUUGUCCCUCACGUAGCAGAUUUUUCAAAACUUCCUGCUUGGAUAGACUCCAUAGAAGAAGGCAAAGUUGUUUUCAUCGAAGAGAACGUAUUAAUGAGAAACAUCAUUGGUGAACGUUUUAAACAAACUGGAAAAUGCCUAAUUCGUGCUACUCCUAUUGAUUUUGGAUCAGCUUACAUCGCGCUAGCAUUUAACAAGGACUUUCCAGAUGAUGUUAAAAACAAGUUUGAUGAAAA